AUGACUUCCUGCUGUCCUACCAACCUUGGUCCCGUCGCUGCUAGCGGAUCGUACAAGUUUCAAGGCAAAGAAGUCGAUUUUGGAGGAGCAAACACCUAUGUCGUUGGUUGCCCUUCAAAUAAAAAGGUCAUUGUCGGUGUGCUGGACGUUUAUGGUCUUUCAGAGCAAAUUAAGAUUGGUGCCGAUAAGUUAGCCCAAUCUGGCUUCACUGUUUACUUGCCAGACUUCCUUGACGGUUCUUAUUUACCUACAAACGCUUUUUCUGUAAACACUCCCGAGAUUAAAAAGCUUCGCAACGAUUUUAUCUCGAACCGUCUCCCAGCUCAUCUUCACUUCUCCAGAUUGGAAAAGGUUUUGAAUACUAUCAAGAGCAUUCAUGGUAACGAUGUCCAAAUUGGUGCCUAUGGCCUUUGCUGGGGUGCCAAGCUUGUAGUUACCUAUCCCAACACUUCAGAAUUCGUUGGUAUCGCUUGUCCUCACCCUUCAUUCCCUGAUCCCGCUGAUGCCAAUAAUGUUCAUGUACCUGUUCUCUUCUUGGCUUCUAAGGAUGAAGAUGCCAAUGUCAUAAGUGCUUGGGAAGAAGAAUUCAAGAAGAAUCCUGCUCAUAAGCAAUCUGCUUUCCACACUUAUCAUGACAUGCAUCAUGGUUUUAUGGCUACUGUUGCUGACCUUUCGAACGACAACAACAGAAAGUGUUUCUAUGAGGGCUAUGAUAAGAUUGGUACUUUCUUCCAAUCUUUGAUGAAGUAA